CCUGUUCAAAUCAAAUUUGCAGAGCUUUCCCAUUUUGGAAACAGUCUUCUGGCCUGAUCUUUUUAGCAACUUUCUUCAUUUCUUGACUUCUUUUUUUACCCUAUAAAUAUCUCUACCUUCUUCAAUCCUUCUUACAAAAAGCAUACAAAAUCCUUCAUUUCCCCUUCGAGAAUUUUAUAUAGAGAAAGAGAAAGAAUGGGUUCAAUUAGUGCUGAAUUAAACAAGCCACAUGCAGUAUGCGUACCAUACCCUGCCCAAGGCCAUAUUAACCCCAUGGUAAAGCUAGCCAAAAUCCUUCAUCACAAAGGCUUUCACAUAACUUUUGUCAACACCGAAUUUAACCAUAGGCGUCUCCUUAAGUCUCGUGGCCCUAAUGCUCUCGACGGCUUUUCUUCAUUCCGAUUCGAGACCAUUCCUGAUGGUCUUCCACCUUGUGAUGCUGAUGCCACGCAAGACAUACCGGCUCUAUGUGAAUCCACAACUAAAACUUGCUUGGUUCCUUUUAAGGAUCUUCUUGGCAAGCUCAAUGAUACAUACACGUCGAACGUGCCACCUGUUUCGUGCAUCGUCUCGGAUGGUUGCAUGAGCUUCACCUUAGAUGCUGCACAAGAAUUGGGAGUCCCUGAAGUUCUGUUCUGGACCACCAGUGCUUGUGGUUUCUUAGGUUACAUGCACUACUCCAUGCUUAUUGAAAAAGGAUAUGCUCCCCUUAAAGAUGCGAGUGACUUGACAAAUGGGUACCUUGAGACCACUUUGGAUUUCAUACCAGGCAUGAAAGAUAUACGUUUAAGGGAUCUUCCAACUUUCUUUAGAACUACAAAUCCAGAUGAAUACAUGAUCAAAUUUGUUCUCCAAGAAACAGAGAGAUCAAGAAAAGCUUCUGCCAUUGUCCUCAACACCUUCGAGACACUAGAGAGUGAAGUUCUUGAAUCGCUCCGAACUCUCCUUCCGCCAGUAUACUCAAUAGGGCCAUUGAAUUUACUCAUCAAAGACGUUGAUGACGAGAAUUUGAAGGGACUCAGAUCAAGCCUAUGGAAAGAGGAACCAGAGUGUAUACAAUGGCUUGACACAAAAGAACCAAACUCUAUUGUUUAUGUUAACUUUGGUAGUAUCACUGUUAUGACUCCUAAUCAACUUAUUGAAUUUGCUUGGGGACUUGCAAAUAGCAAGCAAGAGUUUUUAUGGAUCAUAAGGCCCGAUAUUGUAUCCAGUUAUGAAUCGAUUCUUCCACCCGAAUUCGUGGAAGAAACUAAAAACAGAGGAAUGCUUGCGAGUUGGUGCUCGCAAGAAGAAGUACUUAACCAUCCAGCAAUAGGAGGGUUCUUGACUCACAGUGGAUGGAAUUCGACACUCGAGAGUAUUAGCAAUGGGGUCCCUAUGAUUUGCUGGCCGUUUUUCGCGGAACAACAGACAAAUUGUUGGUUUUCUGUUACUAAAUGGGGUAUUGGAAUGGAGAUUGACAAUAAUGUGAAAAGGGAUGAAGUGGAAAGCCUUGUGAGGGAAUUGAUGGUUGGUGAAAAAGGCAAAGAAAUGAAGAAAAAGGCAAUUGAAUGGAAGAAUUUGGCUAAAAAUUCUGCUAAAGAACAUUCAGGGUCAUCUUAUGUGAACAUUGAGAAGGUGGUCAAUGACAUUCUUCUUGCAUCCAAACAUUAAGCUAAAGAAGCUAUUAACUUGUUUGACAUUUUAUCUUUUUUUCCUUCGUGUUCUUGUAAGAGUUUUUCAUACUGUUGUUUUUACUUCCUUAGCUCUGUCCGGCUCCGCCCUUGCUUAUAAGUCUUGUUCUUCUUAAAGAAAAAAGUAUACUCUAUUUUUUUAA